UUCAUUAAGUCGUAUCAGUUUGUGUGUCAUACUUUUUGCUGCGAAAUUUUGCUCAGCUCAAAUUGUGGGACGAAGAUCUAAAUAAUUCAAAAUAUUGUUCGUAAAGUAAAAAAUAAAAUCGUUUUGUUUAUUUGGUGCACAAAGAAGUGUAAUUAUUAUACAGGCGCAAGUUUUGUAGCAAAAAGCAAUUACAGUCAUAUUGUGAAACUCAUGUCGAAUAUUUCUUUUUGCUCGAAUUUUUUUUUGUCAUAAAAGAGUUGCCAAUUAAAAAUUAGAAGAGUGUGUAUGGAAAAGAAGGUGAUAACUGUCAAUACUUUGUUGUAGUCUGGUAACGCUGAUCGUCCGACGAAUUUUUAGCAGGCCACAGAAACGGGAAAACAACGAAAAUGACGGAGUAGUUUAAUAAGUGAUUUAACUCAGUAAAAACAUAAUCGAUAAAACGAGUCAUCAAAAACUGGAAGAAUAACACAGUAAAUUCGAAGAUGGGGGACGUUGAUCCAGAAACACUGUUAGAAUGGCUGUCCAUGGGUCAGGGGGAUGAACGCGACAUGCAAUUGAUCGCCUUGGAGCAACUUUGUAUGCUCUUGCUUAUGUCCGAUAAUGUAGAUCGUUGCUUUGAAAGUUGCCCACCACGCACAUUCUUACCAGCGCUUUGUAAGAUCUUUUUGGAUGACCUCGCACCAGAAAAUGUACUCGAGGUUACCGCACGCGCUAUUACGUAUUAUCUAGACGUUUCAGCUGAAUGCACCCGCCGCAUUGUGGCUAUAGAUGGUGCCAUUAAAGCGAUUUGCAAUCGUUUGGUUGUCGCCGAUUUGUCAUCUCGCACCUCGCGCGAUUUAGCCGAGCAAUGCAUCAAGGUAUUGGAAUUGAUUUGUACCCGAGAAGCGGGUGCUGUAUUCGAUGGUGGUGGCCUAAAUUGUGUACUCACCUUCAUACGCGAUUGUGGUUCACAAGUACAUAAGGAUACUUUGCACUCCGCUAUGGCGGUGGUGUCACGUCUCUGCACCAAAGUCGAACCGAAUGCACCCUGCAUUCAAAAUUGUGUAGAAAGUCUAAGCACACUGCUGCAACAUGAGGAUCCAAUGGUAGCAGAUGGUGCACUGAAAUGCUUCGCUUCAGUUGCCGAUCGCUAUACACGCAAAUGGGUCGAUCCAGCCCCAUUGGCUGAGUACGGACUUGUAGAAGAACUGUUGAAACGUUUGGGCAAUGCUGCCGGACCGGUUAAUAAUACAUCAACAUCGACCGCUGCCAGCCCAGGUGCCACUACUGGCGCCUCAACAUCGGCCACUACCACAGGCAGUAGUGGCAAUAAUGAUAGCAUAAGUAGCGUUACUACCACAACAACAACUACGCAGAAUAAACCAACUCAAACAAAUGAUACCUCAAGGACAUCACAAUCGAUUUCAACAACCAUUUCUUUGUUGUCCACCUUAUGUCGUGGCUCACCGUCUAUAACACACGAUUUAUUGCGCUCGCAAUUGCCAGAUGCAAUUGAACGCGCAUUGAAGGGUGAUGAACGCUGUGUGUUAGAUUGUAUGCGCUUGGCCGAUUUACUUUUAUUAUUACUAUUCGAGGGACGUCAAGCCUUGAAUCGUGUGGGCACAGCCGGUGGCGCUCAGGGUCAGCUGGCAGCACGUGUACGACGUAAUGAUUCAAGCGCCGAACGUACACAUCGUCAGUUGAUUGACUGCAUACGUUCCAAGGACACAGAAGCACUGCAAGAAGCUAUCGAAUCAGGUGGCAUCGAUGUCAACUGCAUGGAUGAUGUUGGUCAAACCUUACUCAAUUGGGCCUCUGCCUUUGGCACACUCGAGAUGGUCGAGUAUUUGUGCGAAAAAGGCGCCGAUGUCAAUAAAGGGCAACGCAGCUCAUCUUUACAUUAUGCCGCUUGCUUCGGCCGACCCAGUAUAGCAAAAGUGCUAUUAAAAUAUGGCGCCUAUCCAGAUUUGCGCGAUGAGGAUGGUAAAACACCGCUAGAUAAAGCACGUGAGCGCGCCGAUGAUGGACAUCGUGAGGUGGCUGCCAUAUUGCAAUCGCCAGGCGAAUGGAUGGCAGCUGGCAAUUUGGCGGCCAACAAAGAUGGUGCCGACGAUAAUGGCACUCUAGAACCGCGUGGUGAUCCAGAAAUGGCACCGAUUUAUUUGAAAUUAUUUUUGCCCGUUUUCUGUCGCACCUUCCAGGGCACAAUGUUGGGCAGCGUUAGGCGUGCAAGUCUUGGUCUCAUCAAGAAAAUGGUGCAGUAUGCGCAAUCGGGUGUUUUGAAAGGUCUGUGCCAACCACAACUCGAGGCAGUAACGGGAACGAACGCGCAAAAUUUGGGUACUUUGUUGGUGGAAGUGGUGGCUAGCGUCUUGGACAAUGAGGAUGACGAUGACGGCCACCUGGUGGUGCUCAACAUUAUCGAAGAACUGAUGAGUAAAACCCAGGAUGAAUUUUUAGAUCAUUUUGCACGCCUUGGUGUGUUUUCGAAAGUACAGGCUCUAAUGGAGCCAGAAAAUGAAGUGAAUGAUGCCACAGCAACAGCAACAGUUAAUACGGUGCACGUUGGGGCUAAUGCUAUUACCGCAACCACAGUCGAGGAUCAGCUAAAUCAAAGUAGCAGCAGUGGCAUUACCAGUUCUACACAGUUACAACCGCAAACAACUGCAGCAACAGAUGAUGCCAUGGAAGAUGCUAAAGAAAUUCUCCAAGGCAAAGCAUAUCACUGGCAUGAGUGGAGUAUUUGCCGCGGACGUGAUUGCUUGUAUGUGUGGUCCGAUUCGGCGGCAUUAGAGCUUUCGAAUGGUUCGAAUGGCUGGUUCCGCUUCAUACUCGACGGCAAGUUGGCUACAAUGUAUUCUAGUGGCAGUCCUGAGAAUGGCAAUGACAGUUCAGGAAGGGGUCGUGGCAUGGAUUCUGUUACUAGUGAAGAAAAUCGUGGUGAGUUUCUCGAGAAAUUGUUACGCGCACGCUCCGCCGUGCGCCCCGGCGCACCCUCACAACCCAUAUUGCCGACUGUAAGCGUUUUGCGUUUGGUUGUCGGCAAUUGGGUGCUACAAUCACAGAAACCCAAUCAACUGCAAGUACACAACACCGAAGGUCAUCAAGUGACCAUACUACAGGAUGAGCUGCCCGGUUUUAUAUUCGAGAGCAAUCGUGGCACCAAACACACCUUUACCGCCGAGCAUACACUCGGUCCCGACUUUGCAUCCGGUUGGUCCACUGGCAAGAAGAAGAAAAUCAAAACCAAGACUGAAGUGCAGAAGACACAAGUCAAGAAUUUGGCGCGUGAUCUUUAUAACAAAUACUUCAAGGCAGCACAAGCCGUGCCGCGCGGUGCCGUCGCCAAGCUAACCUCAAUUGUGAAACAAAUCGAAGUCGCUUUGGAGGAGCAACGUUUGUCGCCACAUUCGAAUUGGCAGGAAAAAUUACGCGCAUCACUGAAUGAGUUGGCACAGCUCUUGCACGAAGACGGUGUUGUUAGUGCCUAUGAGAUGCAUUCGUCCGGGCUCGUACAGGCCUUGGUGGCGGUACUCUCGAAGAACUAUUGGGAUAACGGCUUGUCGCGCAACAAAACCAAUAAAAUGCUAAAGCAGCGCAUUAAUAUUUUCAAACAGUGCAUCUUUGAUGCCAAGCUGCCCAGCGGCGAUAUGCGUAACACCACAGCCAGCAUAUUGGUGCAGAAGUUGGUGGCCGUUUUGGAGAGCACCGAAAAGUUGCCCAUCUAUAUGUACGAUGCACCCGGCGCUAGUUAUGGAUUGCAGAUUUUAACUAAACGUUUGCGUUUCCGCUUGGAGCGUGCCGCCUGUGAGACUACGCUUUUCGAUCGUACGGGUCGUACUUUGAAGAUGGAACCUCUAGCUACAGUGGAUCAGUUGGCUAAGUACCUGCUGAAAAUGGUUGCUAAACAAUGGUAUGAUAUGGACCGUUCUACGUAUCAUUAUCUAAAGAAAUUGCGCGAACAUCGUCAGGGUAUGGUCUUCAAGCAUCACUACGAUUUCGAUGAAGAGGGUCUUAUGUACUAUAUCGGCUCAAAUGGUGGCACCUGUGAUUGGGUGAAUCCUGCACAGUACGGUUUGGUGCAGGUGACCAGCUCUGAAGGCAAGACACUGCCUUAUGGUAAAUUAGAGGACAUACUCUCGCGUGAUAGCGUUUCGGUGAACUGUCACACAAAAGACAAUAAGAAAGCCUGGUUCGCAAUUGAUCUCGGUGUCUACUUAAUACCCAAUGCAUACACUUUGCGUCACGCACGCGGCUAUGGACGUUCCGCACUACGUAAUUGGAUGCUGCAAGGCUCGAAGGAUGGUGUCACAUGGACUACACUGGUUACACACACGGACGACAAGAGUUUGGUGGAGCCCGGCAGCACUGCGACUUGGCCCAUAGUCUGUGCACCCGAUGAGAUGCACGGUUUCCGUCACAUACGCGUGCAGCAGAAUGGGCGCAAUGCCUCCGGUCAGACACAUUAUCUGAGUCUUAGCGGUUUCGAGAUUUAUGGACGCGUGGUGAGCAUCUGCGAUGACAUUGGCAAAGGCGCCAAGGAAGCAGAGGCUAAAAUACGUAAGGAGCGUCGUCAGAUACGCGCACAACUCAAACAUAUAACGACGGGCGCACGUGUAGUGCGUGGCGUUGACUGGCAUUGGGAUGAUCAGGACGGUUGCUGUGAGGGUACGGUUACCGGUGAGAUACAUAACGGUUGGAUUGAUGUAAAGUGGGAUCAUGGCGGGCGUAAUUCUUAUCGUAUGGGUGCGGAAGGCAAAUAUGAUUUGAAGCUGGCGAACUGCGACAAUUUAUCCAUGUUCGAGGGUGGCACAUCAAUUGCACCGGUGGCUGCAGUAACAGCCGCAGGCCAAACAGCAGUUGCAGCUGGUGGCAAGAAAUACGAAAAGGCUGGUACGCUUACUUCGCGCAAGUCCAGCUCGACGCCUUCACUGCCCGAGGCCACUGAAAUCAAUCGAAAUACGGAAGUGCCUUCAGAUCAGGCAGCAUCCGCUGAUAACUUGGCUUGGAAGCAAGCUGUUGAGGCUAUUACGGAGAGUGUCUUUAGCUCGGCCAAGACACAAAUGCUCAAUUCCACAGCCGGAAAUAGUGGUGAUGAUGGCGAGAGCAGCGGUAUGGGUAGUUCGGCCACAACUGGUGGCAGUGGAGUUACCUUGUUGCGUGAACGCGAAAAUAUUGCCGAUCUCUCAGCUAUUAACAACUCCAUGCAGGCUAUUAAUGCGAAUGUUGUUUCCGAUUUGGCUACAAUCACCGAAAAUUUGGUGUUGACUGAGGCGAACACACCCAAUGUCAGCGGCUGCACUGUGAGCUCUUCAACUGGUUACGGUGGGAGUGGAGGCAGUAGUAGCCGCAAUGCACUCGCCGCUAUUUUUGGCAACGCCGGUGUGGUUGGCACACAGGCAACGGGUGCCGUUUCAAGCACAUCAACAGCACCAUCAAACACUACCGCUCCACUGCUGCGUAGUGUAUCGUUGCAACAAAGCGACGAACUGAAAUCCACAAAUAUUGAAGCCAACAAUAAGAUGAAUGCAAAUAAUUCAGCAAGCGCCAGCGGCAGUAUGGGCAAGGGACUUUUAGUUAACCUACGCGCGAAUACAUCGGCUGGGCAACGUGUGUCACAGUUCUCUUCGGAGGCUUUGGAGAUGAUCGAUAAAAUGCGCGAUGGUGUCGAUAUGAUACGCAACAACACCAAUAACAUACUCUCUUCGGAUAUAUUGUCACUAUCGGCUGCAAAUCUGAUGACAUCAGCGGUUAAGUUCUCAAAUGUUACCGGUAAGCCUGAGAGCGGCAAUGAACAGCUCAACACCGGUUCAACAGAUACUUCGGGUACUUCGGUGGUGGUCGAUUGCAGCGCUACCGCAGCGGAGAAGUCUGUACGCACGCCCGCUUUGAAGGUCGACACAGAAAAACGUAGUAACAUUGAAAUGGCGGAGUAUAAAAAUCUUUCUGGUAUGCCAGGUACUACAUUGACCACCAAUAGAUCGACUAACGUUAGCGAGCAACAAGUACAACAGUUGCAACCACCGCCACCACCUAUUGAAGUAGAUCAACAACAUGCCGGGGAUUUACAGUCUGUUGACACCACACAACAAUUGGGCGGCUCCGCCGAUAAUGUUAAUGUUUCCGUAUCGAACCAAAUGAGCGUUAGCGUACCUAAUUUGACUACGACAUCUGUUUCGGAAACCACCUCACAAUCUGAGGUGACCAGUCAUACUGGUCUCUUGGAGACUUUUGCCGCCAUGGCACGUCGUCGCACCUCGCAAGGCACAACUAACCUACAAAACAACCAAAUGAUCAGCUCCAACUCGAAUUCGAAUGAGCGCAAUAACCAGAGUGUUGGCACCAGUUCGUUCUUCCCACGUGGACCGAAUUCGGUGACGAGCCUAGUAAAAUUGGCCUUAUCGAGCAAUUUCCACUCGGGUCUAUUGAGCACCGCUCAAAGUUAUCCAAGUCUCUCGUCUAAUAAUGCCGGCAACAGUGGUGGUUCAAAUACUGGCACCGCUGGUAAUGGCAACUCCUCUACCGGUCAACAAGUUCAAACAUCUAUAAAUCCAGCACUAACGAUGAGUCUCACCUCGACUUCAAGCGAUAGUGAACAAGUUUCAUUGGAAGAUUUCUUGGAGAGUUGUCGUGCACCAGCUUUACUUGGCGAUAUGGACGAUGACGACGAAAUGGACGAAGACAAUGACGAUGAAGAGAACGAAGACGAAUACGAAGAAGUUGGAGUAAGUCGAUUGAACACAUUGCUGCAAGUAAUGGUAUCGCGCAAUCUGCUAACUUUCAUGGAUGACGAGACUCUAGAGAAUCGUUUGGCCGGCGUGAGCAAGCGCAAAUCUUGGGAUGAUGAAUUCGUGCUGAAACGCCAAUUCUCCGCACUGAUACCAGCCUUCGAUCCCCGCCCUGGACGUACUAAUGUCAACCAGACCUCUGACUUGGAGAUACCAGCACCAGGCACCAGUGCCGAAUCGUUGCGUCAAGACGAGCACGUACCAUUACCACAGCCAGUACUGUCGUUGGUGUUGCGUGGCCCCAGCAUAGGCGGUGUACCGGAUGUCGAGAUCGAAUUGAGUAAUAGCGAGUGGACGAUAUUCCGUGCCGUACAGGAGCUUUUGCAAGUUUCACAAUUGAAUAAGACAGAUAAGUUCCGCAAAGCCUGGGAACCCACAUACACCAUUGUCUAUCGCGAGGUGACGCCACAAGAGUGUGUUAGCGCUGGCAUUAGUGGCACUGUAAUGGAAUGUGAUGAUGGUCCAAAUACCCCUGUGGUAUCGUCAAAAAGUGGCGCAUCAACGCUCUCACCUAACUCACCCAUACGCGGUGAAUUCACAACAUCUGAGAAUGUUACCUGCUCUGUGGAUGAUGUUUUGCAACUGCUCAGCCAAUUGAAUGCGCUCAAUCAAAAGGAGAGCGUCACAGAAGCAACAAACACAACAACCGUUAGCGCUGACACAAAUACAACAGCUGGCGGCAAUUUGCCGCACGAAAUUUUCAUGAGUAAGAAAAUCACCAAUAAACUACAACAGCAGAUACAGGAUCCUUUGGUGUUGGCCAGCAACUCUUUACCCAAUUGGUGUGAAGAUCUCAAUCAGGCUUGCCCCUUCCUGUUUCCAUUCGAAACACGUCAGCUGUAUUUCAAUUUCACUGCAUUUGGCGCUUCGCGUAGUAUUGUUUGUCUACAGUCGCAGCGUGAUGUAACAUUGGAGCGUCAACGCAUGCCCGGACUCAGUCCAAGGCGUGAUGAUCAGCACGAGUUCCGUGUUGGCCGCUUGAAGCAUGAGCGCGUCAAAGUGCCACGCAACGAGAAUCUACUCGAGUGGGCCAUGCAGGUGAUGAAGGUGCACUGCAAUCGUAAGUCUGUGCUGGAGGUGGAAUUUGUGGGCGAACAGGGUACUGGUUUGGGACCCACAUUGGAGUUCUUUGCAUUGGUCGCAGCCGAAUUGCAACGCACCGAUCUCUGUAUGUGGCUGUGUGAUGAUGCCGAUCUGGAGUUGCACGAGAAAACCAGCGAUCAAACAAAACAUCUUAUCGCCAACGAUGACGUUAAACCAAUCGGUUAUUAUGUAAAUCGUCGCGAGCAUGGUCUUUUCCCAGCGCCAUUACCGCAAAAUUCUGAGAUUUGCGAUCGUGUAUCGAAAUACUUUUGGUUCCUUGGUGUAUUUUUAGCUAAAGUGCUGCAAGAUAUGCGUUUAGUGGAUUUACCACUUUCGAAUUCGUUCCUAAAACUGUUAUGUCACAAUAAAGUGCUUUCACGUGGUGUACAUCAAAUUCAAUCGAAUCCCGUCUCUGAAGAUCCAAUGACCUCUUCAGUAGUAUCAGAGGAUUCUGAAUUGGCCGAAACUUGCUCGAAACUAUUAAGUGGUGUUGGCGGUAAUGCUAACGCAGAAUAUAACAACACCACACCUACUAGUUGGUAUGAUGGCAUUUUGGCGUAUGAAAAUCUCGCGGAAAUCGAUCCGAUACGUUAUGAGUUUAUAAGGGAACUGCAGGAAUUGGUUGCACGCAAACAGGCCGUGGAGAGUGAUGCCACGCUGACGCCCGAACAGAGACGUGAACAUUUGGCCGCACUAAAAUUGCGUACCAAACGAAAUGAGGAAAUCGAUUUGGAGGAUUUAGCCUUGACAUUUACAUAUUUACCCAGUUCUUCUGUUUACGGUUAUCCGUAUGCUGAACUGGUACCAAAUGGCGCCAAUAUUGAUGUUACGCUUAACAAUUUGGAAGAAUAUUGCGAUCUGUUGAUAAGUUACGUGCUGCAAGAUGGUAUUGCCAAACAGUUGGAAGCAUUUCAUCGUGGUUUCUGUGAGGUCUUCCCACUCAAAAAAUUGGCCGCAUUCAGUCCGGCCGAGGCGCGUAUGAUGAUUUGCGGUGAGCAACAUCCGCAAUGGACACGUGAAGAUCUCAUCAACUACACAGAGCCCAAACUUGGUUACUCCAAAGAUAGCCCUGGCUUCUUGCGUUUUGUCAAUGUACUAAUGAGUAUGACAGGACCCGAGCGCAAGGCGUUCCUACAAUUCACCACCGGCUGCAGUAGUCUACCACCAGGCGGUCUAGCCAAUUUGCAUCCACGCUUAACAGUCGUACGUAAAGUAGACGCCGGCGAUGGUAGCUAUCCAUCGGUGAACACAUGCGUACAUUACCUUAAGCUGCCCGAUUACCAAACCGAGGAGAUAAUGAAAGAGCGUUUACUGACUGCAACAAAAGAGAAAGGAUUCCAUUUGAAUUAAUCUGCAUACAUACAUACAAUAUGUGUUUAAAUAAUUUACUUACAUACGUCUCUAUACAUUAUUAAUCUUAAGCAUUUGCCGAAAUUUCAAAUUGGGCGUUAACAUUGUUAGGCGUUUCUACGAGAACAAUUUUCAGUUGAUGGUGAUAAAAUUGUUUUAUCUUUUAUCUUUUUUCUGCUGAGUUUAUUACUACUACUACUAUUAUUCUUAUAAUUAUAAUAAUUAUUUUUUUUUGAUGUAUAAAAUUAGGAAGUGUAACUUACAUAUAUAUGCUAUAUAUUAAAAAAAACAGGAAAUUUUCUUAAAAUAGCACACGAAAGAAAAAGUCAACGAAACGACAUGAUCAUUUUUUGUUUUGUUCCCCGAGUGGUAAUGUGUAAAAAAAAUAGGCAAAAACAACAACUAAAACUGUGUGUGUAUGUAAUAAAAGAAGAAAACCCAAAUCUAAGUAGAAAAAAAAUCCAAACUAUAAGUAGUGCACCAACAAAAAGCAAAAGCUGCAUGAAUGAAUUGCGCUUCAAUUAUUUCCUAAAACUAGCUGCUGCAACAUUAUUACACAAAUACAUAGUUAAAUAGAAGCGAUGAAUUGUGAAAAUCGAAGAACCGGAAAAUGCGCGGCAAAUAGCAAAUUUAAAUUUACCGAUAUCACUAGCUUAUAAUGUGUAUAUAUAUGUUUUUUCAUUAAAAAUUAAUUACUUGUUGAUGACUACCUAACUUACGCGUAUAUACAAUAUUCAUACAUAUAUAUAAAAUCAACAACAAUACAAUAUUUCAAUAUUCACACAAUUAUAUACUGGUGUAUUAUUAAAGCAGACCCUCCAGACCCUCCUCUAUCUACUACACAAAUAUUGAAUUGAUCGAUAACAACAAAGUAAUAUUGUAAGUGAAAUUGGCAAAACGGACUUGUUAGAACAAUUUGAAAUUUGUUACACUUUAUUGCUUUAUUGUUUUGUAGUUUGGCAUAUUUAGCUUUUGAGAUAUAAUAUUAUUUGGUAAAAACCACAGCAGCAACAAGAACAACGGCGCCUUCAUUUGACACACUUGUCCAGCAAACAGUUGGAAGGAUUUUUUAUUUGAGAAAUAUUGAAAUUAAUUUUCGCCGCAAACAUGGUCUACACACGAUUUUUGGUUUGAAGCAAAUCCAGCAGCAGAGUUUAAAGCGAAACUUAAAUUUUUCAAAACCAUUUGGAUGUUUGCUGAUUUUUAAGCUUAUAUAAAUAAAGAAUUGAAAAAUUAAUACUAAUUUAGAAAAAAAAAAAACAAGAAAUAUCAAUACUGCAGUGUACCCACAAUUUGAUAACCACCAAAUCAUUAUACCAUAUACUAGUGCAUACUAUUUAUAAACGUAUAUACAUAUGCUAAAAGUAAAAAUAAAUUAGCAAAAAUCCAAAAUAAAAACAAAAAACUAAAAAUUAGAGAGCUUUUUUAUAGCUAAAGAGAGCACUACAGAGCGAGCGAGUUGGUAAGAGUAAGUUAAAUGAGCGCAAGUAAACCGGAUGUGUGCGAAUGUUUAAUAUACAAUUUACAUAAACUAAACAUAUAUGUAUGUAGCCCCCAAUCAAAACAAAAAUAAAAACGUAGUUAAGGCAAAGGAUAUUGCAGAUACAUCGGGGUAAACAUGUAAUGUCAAUGUAUCUGGUGGGUAAUUACAAUAGCAAGUAAUGUAUGUUUGUAUAAUGUUUCACCUACAUAGUUACACACAGUGCUUAAAAAUGAAAAUCAUGUUUUUUAUGUAAGUGGAAAAUGUGUGCAAAGUUAAGUUGCUAUGAAUAAGUAUGUGUCUGCCGCUGCUGCAAACGACAACAAUAAAAAUGACACAAAUGCUAUGCUUAAAAGAAUUAAAUAUUUGAUCACACACACACAAUGUUAUUAGACAUUUUUUCUGACUAAUUUUAACGGUUACUCUCUUAAAGCAAAUAAAAUCUUAUCGGUAGUAAAAAGUA